AUGACUUCGAUAACGGCGCUGCUACCAGCUCCGCGGUACCCGACUCCGGGGCCGAAAAUGUCCAUUUUCACGACAAACGCCGUGUCGAUGGCCAAAAACGACUCUGUCCCGAAAUACGGCUCCCGAACCGACUGGAAACCCACAUCCCAGGCCGACUUCAACGAUGGGGGAGCCUAUCCGGAAAUUCACAUUGCCCAGUACCCCCGAAACAUGGGCAAGCCCGGCUCCGUGUCUUCCAACGCGAUUACUCUCAAGAUGGAUGCCUCUGGGUCUGCUGACUACUCGUUAAUUGCUACCCAGGGCCAUGCUGCUGAUCGACAUGUUCAGACGUCGUACGACUCGCUGAUUCCUCUGAGAGAGCGGAUCGACGCCGGAACUGUGUCGCUUGAGAAACCAGGUGAAGAGGCAGAGCAAUCGACAGCCCUGGCUACUCAGGCAGCCUUCGAUAAACGUUUGGCCGCCAACGACAAGUCUGGCACCAAAAACAAGUCUGAUCCUCAGUACAUUCGAUACACAGCCAACAGCAUGAUGGGAACUGAGGGUGGCGAAUCACAGAAGAUCAUCAAGAUGGUUGAUCUCCCCCAGGAUCCCCUUGAGCCACCCAAGUUCAAGCAUACCAAGGUUCCAGGUCGUCCUGCGUCGCCUCCUGCUCCCAUCUUGCGCUCUCCUCCACGGAAACUCACUGCACAGGACCAGAAGGAUUGGGCUAUCCCAUCGACUGUAUCAAACUGGAAGAAUCAAAAGGGCUUUACUAUUUCAUUGGACAAGCGUAUGGCUGCCGAUGGACGUGGCUUGGAGGAUGUCAAGGUCAACGAAAACUUUGCAAAGUUCAGCGAGGUGCUGAACCAGAACGAAAAAACUAUGCGGGAUGAUAUUGGCAAGCGACGAGAGAUGCAACAGCGGGUGGCGGAACGACAGGCCCAGGAGCAGGAGGAAAAACUUCGAGAGCUAGCACGUAGGGCUCGACAAGAAAGAGAGGUGGGCGAUGAGAGCAAGGGUAAGGAGAAAGAGGCAGAUGGAGAAGAUGACAGAGGCAGAUCCAGAGAGAGACUGCGCUCUGUGUCAAGAGAUGGUGAUUCUGAUAGAUCUCUAUCGCGGUCAUUGUCUGCGUCUGAUCGAUCAUACUCUAGAUCGCGGUCUCCUUACGAGUCUAGGUCCAGAGGUAGAUCGUACUCUCGGUCAAGAUCUCCCGAGUCGCGUUUCAGAGGCAGAUCAGAUUCUCGAUCUAGAUCUCCUGGGUACGAACUGGAACGAGCAGCCAAGAAGAGAAAGACGGAGCGCCUGGAACGAAAGAGGGAGGCCGAGCGGGACCUGCGACUAUCCAAAAUGGGCACCCAGCAGAAAAUCAAGCAGCUCGCCAAGGAGAACAGCCGAGAUAUUUCAGAGCGGGUGGCCUUGGGCGCAGCUCAACCUCAAAAACUGGCAGGAGAGGCCCAAUUCGACUCCAGACUAUUCUCCAAGAGUGGAUCUCUUCAGCGUGGUUUCAACGAAGACCAAUACUACGACAAGUCUCUAUUUUCAGCUCAGGAGGCUGUUCAGUCUAUUUACAGACCCAGUGCUAGUGGAGACAGUGUGGCGGAAGAUACCAUUGAUCGACUCGAGACCGAGAAGCGAUUCGAUGUUCUGGGCAAAGCUGGAAAGGGAUUCGAGGGUGCUGAUGGUGAAGAACGUGAUGGUCCCGUUCGGUUCGUCAGAGAUGAGGAGUGA